AUGAAAACCCCACUUAAACACCAAAGUGCACCCGUUGCAGCAAGAACAGCUGAUAGCAGCAACUCCCGCAAACACUGUCACAGCCACAACCACAGUCACAACAGCACCAUCGGGCACUUCUUCCAGGGCCUCACACAUCGACUACGAAACGACACACCAAAUCGCGCCCAGCAACAAACGACAGCCAGGAACAGUUUCCAUAUCGUGCACCUCCCUGACCGUCCAGUCGUUCCUAUCCUGCCAUCCGACGCCCCAUCUGAAGACGAGUGCCGUGUCCUAUUACAGGAACUCCAGGCAGGCGACGGCUUCUUCAGCCAAAGAGCGAUAUCCCACCAAGAGGCGCCAAACUUCCCAUUCGGUGAUCCCCCCAGCACCUUUGACAGGCAGUCGCACUUCUCCACGCAAAAUAGCGCCCACUUCUCAAGCAAGAUUCACGGCCGCUACAUCAUCUUCUCGUACCUACUCCUCUUCCGCGGCACCAGUACUCGCAGCAAUACCAGCACCGUGAGGAGCAGAACAAGUGGCACAAGUGGCACCAAUAGCAGCACUGCCAGCGGUGGCGACAGCGGUGAUGACAGCCGCAUUCAGAGGGAGCCAAGCAAUAACAGCAGCCGGUCUACGCAACCCCGGAGAACGUCGGGGCGACCGCCAACACCCAUCCACGUUAAUACGGCGAGAUUCUAUACAAAUCGGCCCCUCCCGCACAUUCCCCAGUCGCCAGUCCACCCGCCGUCACCAAGCCAACAAUCGCCUCACCAGCCGCCAUCACGCCAACAGACACCGCGCCAGAUUCGUCCUCCGCCUCCCCUCUCUGCGAGGCCGCUUCUCCAGCGUCGCCCAAUCUUGCCACCCCAUGAGCUGGUUUCGUUCGCCGAGCGUGUUGCCCGCGAUCAAACUGGCCAAAGCAUUAACCUUCCCCAGCCCGUCAGAGUCGGAGUUUCCAACAACGUGCACGUACUUCCACCUCGCCAAAUCCUAAUAGACAGCCAGACAUAUGAUGAGACGCAUCCUUCCAGGAAUGGAAACUACCAAGGACAAACGGGGCCGUUGACAGGCGCAGAUAAUAACAUGACGGGACAAAUCCGAGGUAAUACGGAGCCACGAUGGCAAGAACGAAAGCCGAGCUCCCCGCCGCGCCCACCGCUGCCACCACCACUCUAUCCGUCUGCACCGUCCCCGUCACAGCGACCGUUGUCACUGCCUCAGCAAUCCCAGCACAAGAGAAAAAACAGUCUACCACGGCAUCCCGAGCUCUGGGUGCCCCGAAUCUCUUCGCCACUGCGGCAAGCACAGCUCUCGAGCCCGUAUCAGGCGCACAAUCUGGAACCGCAAAAUCUCCCGAGCCCACGGCCAAAUUCAGCAGACGUCUCUCCACUAACACCACCUCCCCAGUCCCCGGCGCGUGACAAAGCUUUGAGUCGAGAGAAAAAACCGCUUUUCGCGAUGCCCGAUACCGGACCUCAGCCGUCCAUAUACGGCACACAGGAUCCUGCCAUUGUCGAGGCCCUCCAGGUCGCCGAGGAGGAAAAAGGCGAACCCCUCCUCGAGUGGGAGAGUGAAACAAUCAAGGCAAGUAGAGGGAGCAGAACGAGGCCUCCCAAGGUCCAUUGUCGCUCUGUAUUUUGCCGCUGGGAGAAAGACCCCUGUGCUAACCGUGCGGCGUCCGAGUCGUCUUCGACGGCUCUCGCCUUUUUGCUCAAGUCCAUGACCGGUAUGCCAUCCAAGGAGCAGAAGAAGAUGUGCAUCGUGUCCAUUGGCUCUGUUAGUCAAAAACGCCUUCAGCCGUCCAAAGCAGUUGCCGCUGUGACCACUGUGCCUGUAGUCCUGGCCGUCGACUACGAGGCCCGGGCCCAACAGGCGCUUUUGUACGAGAAUGAUGGCAGCAGCAACGACGGCAGCAGCUGUAGCGACUACACGACCAUAUGGCCAGAAAGCUCGUACUAUUUCAGCAGCAACCCGGGGACAGUCAUUGAGAAGCGGCACCGCAACCAGCCGACACCCACAAACCGAAGCAGCAGAAGCAGAAGCAACAGAAACAGCGCGGAAAGCAACGCACUCAAAAGAGAAUCACACGCCUCGAAAACAACCGAAACGUGCCAGGUGCACUUUUCUCCACCGUUGUAA